AAGUUCAGAAACGUUUUGGACGACGACAGGCAUGUUCCCACAGGAAUUCAUUGUUGGUUUUCCUAAGUGUGUGAAAAUCAGCAAAGUCGCAAUCCAGUGUUAUUUGGUGCGGACCUUAAGGAUUGAAAGAAGCGUAUCUAAAGACCCAGUAGGUUUUGAACAGUGCAUUGAGAAAGAUUUGCAACACACAGAAGGACAGCUUCAAAUGGAAGAAUUUCCACUUCCUGAUUGCCAAGCCACUUACUUGCGUUUUAUCAUCAAAUCUGCCUUUGAUCAUUUUGUAUCAGUGCACCGGGUGAUGGCAGAGGGCAUAGUAGAAAACACUUAA